CCCCGCUCCUCUCCUCGCUCCUCCCAUAGGUUGAGAUGGCGGCCCCAAGGCUGGCCACGCUGCUGAGGGCCCUGCGGGUGCUUGCGCCCCUUCGGGCGGCUUACUCGGCGCAGCUCUCUCACUAGGUCCGCGAGUGCCUUGAGGACGGGGAUCGUGCCUUCUCACGGGACUGAACCCACCCAAGAAGCAGUGCGGCCUUGUGGAUGAAGCACAGGCUGCCCCCCCGGGCCCUCUCUACCGAAGCCCCCGCUAAGAAAGAAGCCUCCCCCAGCACUGAAUGCAUUUCUCCAUUCAAGGAUGCCCCUUGGGAGUAUCUGGAGACAGAAGAGUACCUGGCCCGCUACGGUUCCCGCCCUGUCUGGGCCAACUACCGCCGCAAUCACAAGGGCGGGAUCCCGCCACAGCGCACCCGCAAGACGUGCAUCCGCGGGGACAAAGUUGCCGGGAACCCCUGCCCUAUCUGCCGGGACCAGAAACUGCAUGUGGACUACAGGAACGUGAAGCUCCUGGAGCAGUUUAUCUGUGAGCACACGGGAGUCAUCUUCCAUGCCCCCCACACAGGGGUCUGCAUGAAGCAGCACAAGAAGCUGACCCAGGCCAUCAAGCAGGCGAGGGACCACGGCCUCCUGCCCUUCCACGUCCCGGUGGCCGACCUGCGGGACACGGACUUCAGCAACCAGCACGGAGCCGUGACACGCACUCCCCCGGGGCCGGCGCUGGGCGGCGGCACCCCCUGGUACCCCUGGUACGCCUGGCACCAUCCGUCCGACAAAGAGGUGGCCCGGAUGCGCCGGCUGUACCGCGGCCAUCUGCGGGAGGAGAGCGGACCUCCGCCCGAGAGGAUGCCCCAGGUCCCCCAGUCCGCUGCCGCCCCCGUCGUGGGGGACGAGGAACCCAGGAGCGCAGGAGCCCAGUAGGGGCUCGAGGCGGCGGCGGCAGAGGCCGCCCCCACGCCCCCGCCACACGCGGCCCGCUCGCCCCUCUCUCCCGCUCAGUCUUACU